AUGGAUGCUGCUUUUAUUGCAGGUGUCAGUGGUGUGACUGUGGUGACACAGAAGCCUCCUGUUCUCACAGCGACUAAAGGAGAGAAGACCACUAUGCACUGUAAUCUGGGGACUGUUACUAAUACUGCUCGUUGGCUUCCUCCACUCUCUCCUCUCUUCAUCCUCCACUCUGUUCAUCACUCUGCUGAUCACACAGACAACAUGCUGCCAACCCUCUGUGCUCUCCUCCCUGCUCUGACAUGUAAGAUCUCUCUUCCUGCUUUUCUCUGUACAUUGAUGAGAUCUCUCGUCCCUGCUCUCUCUCCUUUAUCUGCUCCUCAAGCUGCUCAUCUCUUCACUCAGCACAGAGAGUCAUCACACACUGACAAGAUGCUGCCAGCACUCUGCUCUCUCUUCACUGCUCUCUCAUGUGUCAGUGGUGUGACUGUGGUGACACAGAAGCCUCCUGUUCUCACACUGACUAAAGGAGAGAAAGCUGUUAUGGACUGUAAUAUGGGGACUGUGACUGACUUCUCUGCUAACUGGUAUAAGCAGCUUCCAGACGGAGCUCCCCACCAUGUGCUAAGGUUUCGUAUUACUUGGGGCUCUCCUAGCUAUGGGUCUGGUUUCUCCUCCCCUAAAUUCACAUCUACAUGUUCAUCAAUAGUAGACUGUAGUUUGAUCAUCAGUAAUGUGGAGGAAGGAGACUCUGCAGUGUAUCACUGCACCACAUAUGACAGCUCUGCUAGACAGUGGGUGUCACAGUGAUUCAGACCAUGACAAAAACCUCCUCACUGCUCACAUUCACUUCUGCUUUCAGACAGCAGUAGAAACACAAAAAGAUCAACAACAAUCCACACUACAGAAGUAAGAACUGAGUUGCAUUUAAUGUAAUUCAUGUUUCACUAUUUUAUGCUCAUUUUGCUUUAGUAGGCCAAAACACAGAGAACAUAAACAGUAGUUUUCCUGCAUUGCAGUAUAUUAUUUUAUUUCAACUUGAAAUUUAGAUUUUUUGUUGUUAUUUUUUUUAAAUAAUCAUAAUUAUGAACGAAUUAUGAAUCUACCAUCAAAUUCAACCCUUGGAUUGUGUUAAACAAAGUUGUUUUAUGUAUGGCUUUAAUUUUUUCAAAUGAAGUGCUCCAUUGUAAUUGUUUAUAAAUCAGUCUCAUCACUUUGCUAUGCUUUAUCUGUUCUUAGAGAUGCUUUACAUAAAUAACAUAAAAUUCAUGGAGUAAUAAGUAAUUUUAUGUGUUCAGAUGUUUGAUCAGUAUUAAUAAGUAUGUUGUUCUGUAACAUGUUCAGUGGACUGAAGACUGGAUUUCGUCUGACAUUAUAUGAUAACAAUAAUUUGUUUGUAGUCAGCAGAGGAGGCAAAUUCCUCAGUUUAAAAAAUCUGUUAAGUGCUUAAGAUGUAGUGUGUGUGUGUGUGUGUGUGUGUGUGUGUGUGUGCGUGCGUUCCGCUGUAAGUACGCUGAUGCAAUAUGGCUGCCGCUUUACAUUGGUUUUCUUUUUGUAUGUUUGUUUUGAUGUUUGCCUGAGAAGUUUGCCAUCAUAUCCACCGAGAUAGCGACCCAGAGUGACUUGCCAGCUAUGGCUCAGAGGCUUUUUGGACUGGCUGUUUGGGUGACACUACAUCUCAACUAUUAUGCAGCCCAGGGCUCUCUGGACUGGGGACCCGAUCAAUGUGACAUCGCAGCCUGGGCUGGCUGCUUGGUUGAUGCUGCACUGCAGCUGUGGGGCUCUAUGGACCGGUAGUGUUUGGCUGCAUGAACAACGCAAAGCCGCAGCUACGAGGCCUCUCGGGCCGGCUGCUUGGGUAAUUAGGCUGUUAGGCUGCCUGGACUGGUGGUGUUCGGCUGCACAAAAAUGCUACCCAUCUGUGGCAAAGGACAUCUUCGGCCUUCGAGGCUUCCCGAGCUUGCAUCCUGUGUGAUGCACCGUAGUUGCGGUGUGAGACUUUGAGACACAGGACACUUUUCCACUUCCCCUCAGUCCAUUUUUAAUGAGCUCGGACCCAAAGAAGGCAGCAGCAUUUCUGGAUCCUGUUUUAACUUGCAGUU